AUGGAUGCUUCGAAGCCUGAAGCAGUGGAGGACUCCCAGUCUGGGUCGAAAGAUGAUUCGCUUUCAGGGCUUGCAUGCUUGUGGGACAACAAUCCGGAAGUGAGGCAGCGAAUGCGAAAGAAGUUCAACCUGUUGGUUCAUUACGAUCCCAAACUUCAGAAGAAGCUCAAUGUAAAGGUGGAGAAGACCGCACACAAUGUUCGAACGAAUGCUGCCGUGUUGGGACCUGUUCUGAAGAUUAUGAAGCUGACGAAUGGCCUUCCGGCUAUAGACAAACUCAUGGUGCAGGUCGCGGAUGUGUUCGGGCGCUUUUCCAUGCCAAUUACAGAGAACCUUGCAAACUCGCAAUCGUGGGCCAUCCGGGAUAUGAUUUCAGUCCUGAAGAAGAACAAAACCAAACAUGCCUGGCACAAGGACCCAGUGACCCGGCAGCUUCUCUUGGAUAUGGGUGUGUGUGAGGAGGAGGCGGGGUUGUUGCUGGAUUGA